GUCUGCGCAAAUGUAGCGCCGAUUUGCUGGUCUUGAAUGUAACCGACACGUGAUAUACAAAAUGUCAUGUGACCUGUGAUGGGGAAAAUGACAGCUGGGGUCAACGUUUUUACCUUUUCUAUUGUAUAUUUAUUUACAAUUUUAAUCAUUUUAUUUAGUGUCUACGUCGACUGUCAGCCCACCGAUGCUCAGUUAUGCCACAUGUGUGAAGGAUCUGUACAGAACCACAGUGCUGUGUGGAGGUUUUGCCUGUCAGGGGGCAGGAUUGAGGGUCGGUGCUGCUUUCAGGAUGAAGAGAACAUUCUGGGGCUGGAUUUAUCUAAUUGUUCUCUGAGUCAAGUGGAGGACCUCGGUGUAGCUUCUGCAGCAGUUAUCGUAGACCUCUCAAGCAACCCUAUUUCCAAUAUGAGUGAUUUUAUAUUCCAAGGUUUUAAUCAUCUCAGCUACCUCAUACUGCCCGUAAAACUGGACUGUCCGGGCGGCAACACAUCAUGGGACAGAGUGGAGGUUAAUCGUGAUACACGGCUCUGCGAAGGACAGAGGAACGCCUGCAAUCAAACAGGGCAGAUGGCCUUGGAUUGUCCUGAAAACUCUGUCUGCAUGCCUUAUGGACCAGGAUUCUUUCAGUGCAGCUGUGCUCGUAACUUCCACGGAUACAAGUGCCUAAGAGAGGGCCAUUUUCCUAUGCUGGAAGUCAUGGCAAUAUUGGGUGGGUCCACAGUUGUUGUUUCACUGUUACUCUGGAUCACUCAACGGAGAAAAAUAAAAGGUACCUGAGUUGCUGGUGGAAAGCUGUAGGAAACACUGAAGAUGCUGAAAUGCACUGUAAAAGUGAUAAAUGUCUGAAAAGAGAAGCUUAUUUUUAUGUGUUUAAGAUCGAUCUGUUCAAAAAAAAAAAAAAAAACCCCACAGACUCUGCUCUAAGCACAUAAUCAUGUUAGGAAGUUCAGUUCUACAUUUUUUUAGAUGGUACUCGAGUUGCCAGUCCUCGACGAAUAACACACUUUAAUAACCUGCAUGAUUACACAGAUACGCUUAACACCGUGAGGUAAUGUCCUUUGGAUCGCAGAUUUUAUACCUUGCCAUGUAGUAAACUGUGCUCAAGGAUUUUAGGUCAGAAUGACUAAAGGUUCUUCUCCAGUGCAAAUGAACAGCUGUGGAUAACCAGAUGUAAACUGGUGUUGCACUUCGCUAGCACGGCAUAACGUACAUGUGGCAAGUGGUGUGCGAAGUGCAAAGAUGGUCUCCUUCAUGUCUAUUCAACCAAUUCUCACCUCUCUAUAAAAAUCUAUAGAAUAAAUGUAAUAGAAGGCUGUUGUCUAAACUUAAUGCUAUGAUAACCUGCAUGACUGACAACAUUUGGUGAUUUUAUAUGCAUUUUGUGUCAUUUGUUGUGGUUUUUUUGUUUGUUGUGAAAUAUACAUUAAUCCAUUUUUACACUAUGUGAACUUAACACCUUAAAAUACACAUUACAAGCUUCAAAAAGACAGACUGAACCUUAAAAUGUACAUUUAUGAUUUUUUUUUUUUUUUUGGUAAAUUGUGUUGUACGAGUCUGGCAUUAUAUGUGAACCUCCCAAGCAAUACUUCUGUUACUCAAGAUAUCAAAGAAACAAAGGUCAAAUGUCAUGUUAAAAAAAAAAUGUUGUAAGAAAUGAUAAAACUAACAUCCAUGCCUA